AUGUCUGAGGCCCAAAAAGGCUCAGGCUCUGGAAGCCCUGUUGAUCCUACACAACAACCUCUAUCCCAGCCCGCCCAUAGUCUUACCUUCGAAGAUGUCAUCAACGAACUCGAAACCAAUUCCGAUGAUGGUCUGACAUCUGAAGAUGUCAAGCGACGCCUUGAAAAAUAUGGCCAGAAUAUACUUGAAGGAGACGAAGGCGUCUCCUUGGCGAAGAUUGUCAUUCGACAGAUCGCUAAUGCCAUGAUGCUGGUCCUCAUCAUCGCCAUGGCCGUCAGUUUUGGUAUCAAGUCCUGGAUCGAAGGAGGUUUCAUCGCCGCCGUCAUCGCUUUAAACAUCGUUGUUGGUGUCUACCAGGAUUAUGCCGCAGAGAAGACUAUGGACUCGCUGCGAUCCCUCAGUUCGCCCACAGGUGUGGUCUCUCGCGACGGCAAAACAGCAACUGUCCCGGCAAAUGAGAUCGUCCCCGGUGACAUGGUCGAACUGAAAGUAGGAGACACUGUUCCUGCUGAUGUCAGACUCGUUGAAGCAUUUAAUUUCGAAACCGACGAAGCGCUGCUAACCGGCGAGUCUCUCCCGGUCCAGAAAGACGCAAAUGCUACUUUCGAGGUCGACACCGGUCCAGGUGACAGACUGAACAUCGCCUACAGCUCCUCAACGGUUACCCGAGGACGCGCUCGUGGUGUCGUCGUAGGAACCGGAAUGAAAACCGAGAUCGGAGCUAUCGCGCAAGCUCUCCGUGGAACCGACUCGAAGCGUCGCCCUGUUAAGCGCGGACCUGAAGGUGAAACAAAGAAGAGAUGGUAUAUCCAGGCUUGGACAUUGACAACCACUGAUGCUAUUGGCCGGUUUUUGGGUACCAAUGUUGGUACGCCUUUGCAGCGGAAACUCUCUAAGCUGGCGCUUCUGCUCUUUGGCAUUGCUGUUGUUUUCGCGAUUGUUGUUGCUGCAUCGAACGACUGGCGCGGUGAUAACGAGGUUAUUAUUUAUGCGGUCGCGACUGGUCUGGCUAUGAUUCCAGCCUGCUUGGUGGUUGUGUUGACAAUCACUAUGGCGGUGGGAACGAAACAGAUGGUCAAGCGUCAUGUCAUUGUCCGAAAGUUGGAUUCCUUAGAGGCACUCGGUGCUGUGACGAAUAUCUGCUCAGACAAGACUGGUACUCUGACCCAAGGUCGCAUGGUCGUAAAGAGGGCCUGGCUUCCAUCUGUAGGAACCUACCUAGUCGGUGCCUCAAACGAGCCUCUCAACCCCCACGACGGUGAUCUGAGCUUGAUGGCCGAGACCCCGGUCAAACUUGCUGGAAAAGAAAUGGGUGAUGUAUCAUCUCCAGAUGACCUGUUGAAAGACAACGAUACGCUCAAGGAUUUCCUCAACGUCACUGCCAUGGCCAACCUGGCCCAUCUCCAUCAAAGUGCCACUGAGGGAUGGCAGGCUCGCGGUGAACCCACCGACAUUGCUAUCCAGGUUUUCGCGUCUCGAUUCAACUGGGGUCUGGACCGCUUGACCAAGGGUGAAAAGCCCGUCUGGGAACAAAAGGCUGAGUAUCCAUUCGACUCUAGCGUGAAGAAAAUGUCUGUUAUUUUCUCUAAGCGUGACGACAACUCAGAGAAGAGUCGCGAAAUGAUCUUCACCAAGGGCGCUGUCGAGCGAGUUCUCGAUGCAUGCAUCAAUAUCAAAUGGACGGCUGACUCUGACCCGGUCCCUAUCACCGACGAAAUUCGGGACGACAUCUUGCAGAACAUGGAGGCUCUGGCUAAAGAGGGUCUCCGUGUGCUCGCUAUGGCCGGCCGCGAAAACACCAAUCCUGCUCCAGAAGGCGGCGAUCCUCUUCCCCGCGAGGCGGUCGAGAAAAACUUGUCUCUCUACGGCUUGAUUGGUCUCUACGAUCCUCCUCGUCCUGAAACGGCUGGGGCUAUUGCCCAGUGCUACAAGGCUGGAAUCUCCGUGCACAUGGUUACCGGCGACCACCCCGGUACUGCACGUGCGAUCGCAGCGCAAGUCGGAAUCAUUCCUGCAAACAUGGAUAUGAUCGCCAAGGACGUUGCUGAUGCUAUGGUCAUGACGGCUUCCCAGUUUGACAAAUUGACCGAAGACGAGAUUGAUGCACUUCCUACCCUUCCAUUGGUUAUUGCUCGCUGUGCGCCUAAUACGAAGGUUCGCAUGAUUGAUGCUCUGCAUCGUCGUGGGCGCUUUGUGGCUAUGACCGGUGAUGGAGUUAACGACUCUCCCUCGCUUAAGCGGGCUGAUGUCGGUAUUGCUAUGGGUCAGAAUGGCUCUGAUGUGGCUAAGGAUGCUUCUGAACUGGUGUUGUCUGAUGAUAACUUUGCUUCUAUCAUUAACGGUAUUGAGGAAGGUCGUCGCAUUUUCGAUAAUAUCCAGAAAUUCGUUCUGCAUCUUCUUGCGGAAAAUGUUGCAUUGGCUAUCACCCUGCUCAUUGGAUUGGCCUUUAAGGAUGACAGUAACCAGUCUGUGUUCCCUAUCUCCCCUGUCGAGAUCAUCUGGAUCAUCAUGAUUACCUCUGGUCUCCCUGAUAUGGGUUUGGGAAUGGAGAUUGCCGCUGCAGAAGUGAUGGACCGGCCACCGCAAAGCAAACAAGGUAUCUUCACCUGGGAAAUCAUUAUCGACACCCUCGUCUACGGAGUCUGGAUGGCCGGCCUCUGUCUGUCAGCAUUCUCUCUCGUCAUGUUCAAGUGGGGCGACGGCGAUCUCGCCAUGGGCUGCAAUACAGAAUAUAACAACCCCAACAAACCCUAUAACUGUGAGACAGUUUUCCGCGCCCGCGCUACUACCUUCACCUGCAUGACCUGGUUCGCACUCUUCCUUGCCUGGGAAAUGAUGCACUUGCGCCGCAGUUUCUUCCACAUGCAGCCCAACUCCAAGAAACGCUAUACUCAGUGGAUGCACGAUAUCUGGCGCAACAAGUUCCUCUUCUUUGGUAUCAUGACUGGUUUCGUUCUUGCGUUCCCUAUUAUUUACAUCCCUGUGAUCAACCACAAGGUCUUCAUGCACAGCAGUAUCUCCUGGGAGUGGGGUAUUGUCUUUGUCGAGACAGUGCUUUUCUUCCUGGGUAUUGAGAGCUGGAAGUGGUGCAAGCGUGUUUACUUCCGUCGCCAGGACCGCAAGGCUGCGGGCCAAGGUGAUCAGCCUGGCAGUGAGCAUCCCGGUAUGAGAGAUUUCAGCCGCUAUACCACUAUGGAUCGUUCAUCGGAUACUCAGGCUGGUGAGGCGAAGGUGGAGCAAUCUAUGGUCUAG